AUGGGUUCUGAGCGUGAGAACAAGACGUUCCUCGCGCGGCUCUGCGAGCAGGCCGAGCGCUACGAUGAGAUGGUUACCUACAUGAAGGAAGUCGCUGCCAUCGGCGGCGAGCUUACUGUCGAUGAACGUAACUUGCUCUCUGUCGCUUACAAGAACGUUGUUGGAACUCGCCGCGCCUCUUGGCGCAUCAUCUCCUCCAUCGAGCAGAAGGAGGAGUCCAAGGGUUCCGAGGAGCAUGUCAACAUCAUCCACGAGUACCGUCAGAAGAUCGAGACCGAGCUUGAGAAGGUCUGCCAAGAUGUCCUUGACGUCCUGGACGAAUCCCUGAUCCCUAAGGCCGAGACUGGCGAGUCCAAGGUCUUCUACUACAAGAUGAAGGGUGACUACCACCGUUACCUGGCGGAGUUCGCCUCUGGCAACAAGCGCAAGCUUGCUGCUACCGCCGCUCACGAUGCUUACAAGAAUGCCACCGACGUUGCUCAGACCGACCUUACCCCUACCCACCCCAUUCGCCUCGGCCUCGCUCUGAACUUCUCCGUCUUCUACUAUGAGAUUCUCAACUCUCCCGAUCGUGCCUGCCAUCUCGCCAAGCAGGCUUUCGAUGAUGCUAUUGCCGAGUUGGACUCACUGUCCGAGGAGAGCUACCGCGACAGCACCCUCAUCAUGCAGCUUCUGCGUGACAACCUUACCCUCUGGACCUCAUCUGAGGGCGCUGAUGGCGAGGGCGCUGCCCCCAAGGAGGAGAAGGCUGAGGACGAAGCCGCUCCUCCUGCUGAGGAGAAGGCCGAGGAGCCCAAGGCCGAAGAACCCCAGGAGUAA